CUGCACAUUGCACUGGAAAGAACAUCCCAUCCAAUUCGAUGGCGAGUCUUAUAAGGUGUUCGAUACCGUUGGACUCGAAGAACCACAGUUGGGAAUUCAGCAAUAUCUCGAUGCUAUCGAGAAUGCCUAUAGCCUCAUUCAGGAUUUAGAGAAACAAGGCGGCAUUGAUCUACUUUUGUUCUGCAUGCGUGCAGGCAGACUCAAUUCUACCCUUCGAAGUAACUACCGCCUCUUUCACGAAUUCCUCUGCGACAAGAAGGUUCCCAUCGUUGUAGUGAUCACGCACCUCGAGGGCGAAGUCAGAGAAAUGGAUGACUGGUGGAAGAGAAACGAAGAUUCCUUCCGUCGCUGUGGGAUCCAUGUCGCUGGUCAUGCGUGCAUCACUGCCAUCAAAGACAAUUAUGAAAAGCAAUAUGAAGAAUCGCGUACCACAAUCCGUAAGCUUGUCAAGGAUUUCGCUGCCGACGGGCAGAACCUAGCAUGUGCUCCAUGGAACGAUCCGAACGGAGGAGACAACUUGGACUGGUUCGUGUCGUUCACGUGUAAGCUGAAGGGGCUACUUAAGGGGAAUUGGAAACUGCAUGCGAAGAAGGACGUGGUCCCCCGCCUCGAGCGUUGUGGUAUGUCUCGAGAUAUCGCAAAACAAUUAGCUCGUAGGAUCAAGAAUGUUGUGGUAGAAGGAACUACUUAACUUCCCCUGUUCGAUAACUCGCGCUCAUCCAGCGAUUGUAGACUUCUAGAUUGUUGUUGCUAAUAUGUCGUCGUCAUACGUAUUCUUACUU